AUGUUUAUCGUCGAGUUGUUCAAGGCCCUCUCUAAUGAGUUUGCCUCCCGGCCAUGUCAAACAGCUGUGACAACUGUGCUGGCGUCGUUCCUCGCUUACAUUGUCAUCAAUGAGUACGUGGCAAGGAGCGCUAGGUUGGCCGCUUUCGAUGGACCGAAGCGACUUCCCAUAGUAGGGAACCUCCAUCAAUUGAGGUCGAAUGCGGCAGAGAAGUAUCGUCAGUGGGCAAAGACCUAUGGGCCAGUAUACCAGAUUCAACUUGGCAACAUUCCCAUCCUCCUAGUCAACAGUGCUUCCGCUGCGAGGACACUUGUGUCCAAUACCGCAGGCACCACGAUUGGUACCGCUCCAUACAACGAAUCUCUCAAACGAAGGAGAAAAGGAGCUGCUUCUGCUCUCAACCGACCGGCAGUCGAAACCUACAUUCCCCAUCUCGAUCUCGAGACCAAGGAUUUUAUCGCCGAAGCCUACAAGUUCGGAAAAGCUGGAACGGUCGAGGUUGAUCCCUUGCCCCUGGUCCAGCGGCUCAGUCUCUCACUGGCUUUAACACUGAACUGGGGAACACGCAUGCCUAGUUCUGAGAGCGACCUACUCAAAGAGAUCACCCACGUUGAGGUUGAGAUCAGCCGGUUCCGAAGCACGACAGACAACUUACAAGACUAUAUCCCCCUUCUGCGCUUAAAUCCCUUCUCGUUUGGGCACAAAAAGGCUGCCGAGUAUCGUGGUCGUCGAGAUGCAUACCUGGGCAUGCUGAACCGUGGUCUCGAAGAGCAGGUGAGCAAGGGAACACACAAGCCUUGCAUCCAGGCAAAUAUCAUGCUGGACCGAGAGGCAAAGCUCAACGACGUGGAGAUGAUGUCCAUCAGCCUUACUAUGCUGUCCGGUGGAUUCGAGACUUUCUCAACGGUGACUACCUGGGCUAUCGCCUACCUUGCAACUCAUCCAGAGAUCCAAGACAAGGCGUACAAGGCCAUCACAGACUUACAUGGCUCCGAUUAUCCGCUGUGCGAUCCUAACGAUGACCAGAAGUGUGACUAUGUUCGCGCUCUUGUUCGGGAAAGUUUGAGGCAACACAGGUACUUCACAGUUCUUCGCUUAUCCCUCCCUCGUGCUACCAAUAAAGACUUCUACUACGAGGGAAAGUUUGUACCAAAGGGAACAGUAGUGUUCCUAAACUCUUGGGCAUGCAAUAUGGAUGAUGAGCUUUGGGAGGAUCCCGAGGUAUUCCGUCCCGAGCGCUGGCUAGAGCAUCCUGACCAUCCCAUGUUCACCUUUGGAGUGGGAUACCGCAUGUGUGCAGGCUCGUUGUUGGCAAAUCGAGAGCUAUAUCUCACCUUCAUGCGCAUGAUCGCUAGCUUUGAACUCUCUACGACGGACAAGAUCGAUACUAACCCGCUGACUGGGGUCGAGGACUUGACUAGUCUUGUGAGCACUCCGAGAAAGUAUCGUGUCACUUUCAAGCCACGAAAAGAUGCAGUCUUGAAGGCUGCACUUACACGGGGGGUUUAA